GUUUGUAAUUCUAUAUGGGCUAGGGUUUAGUUUUGAAAUUUGCAAUAGUUUAGGGAUAUUUUUGUACUUUGCUGUUCUAACCCGAGCCCUCUUCCCGCUCCAUCGCCUCCAGCGCUACUUCUCUGAGAACCUCGAAUCAAUCAUCACUCUCUUCUAUUUGUUCCUUAUCUCCUACAAAUCUAUUGCAAUUCGAUUAGUUUUGUCACUGAAAUCCCAUACAAUUGGCAGUAUUAAGCACGCUAUUUAGGUGGUUCUUGAAUCGCAUUAAUCAUUAUACUACCAUUCCAAAACCCUAAAGUUGCUAGCCUUUAUAUAACGAUGGAAGCCCUUUUUAGUGUUUGUUCAAAUUCAUUGUUUUCAUCACUUCAAAACCAUAAAAAUACAACCUUAUUGCCAUUCCUUACUUCUGAUUCUCGGCUAUCGAGUUCACAAUUAAAGUCGCAAAGCCGAGUAUCCUUAAAAUCCCAUGAUUUUCAUGAUUUUCCGCCGCUUGUAGCGUCGAGGAGGAGAGUAUUGAAGUGUAGAAGUAGCAACGAACAAUUAGAAACUAGUUUUGAUGAAAGCGAGAGUUUAAAGAACGGUGUUCGAAGGAAAAACCUUGCUGUUUUUGUCUCCGGCGGCGGUUCGAAUUUCCGAGCUGUUCAUCAGGCGAUUCUCAGUGGAGAUGUUCACGGACGCUUUGUUGUAUUAGUCACCAACAAACAUGAUUGUGGAGGUGCACAGUAUGCAAGAGAGAAUGGCAUCCCGGUUAUAAUAUAUCCUAGUACAAAGAAAGAACCAGAAGGCCUGUCUUCAAACGAUCUUGUAGCUGCUCUAAGUACAUACAAGAUUGACUUUAUUCUUCUAGCUGGAUACUUGAAGCUUAUACCAUCUGAAUUGAUCCGAGCUUAUCCAAAUUCAAUCUUGAAUAUCCAUCCUUCACUUCUUCCUGCUUUUGGAGGCAAAGGGUAUUAUGGUACCAAGGUGCAUAAAGCUGUUAUUGCUUCUGGAGCUAGAUAUUCGGGUCCCACGAUCCAUUUUGUUGAUGAGAACUAUGACACGGGUCGAAUUCUGGCUCAAAGAAUCGUUCCUGUGGUUGUUAAUGACACUGCUGAAGAACUUGCUGCAAGGGUUCUUCGCCAGGAACAUAAAAUGUAUGCUGAGGUGGCAGCUGCAAUAUGUGAAGAACGUGUGAUUUGGAGAGAAGAUGGUGUUCCUAUCAUAAGAAGCAAAGCUGAUCCUGAACAUUAUAGCUAACAGAGGGGUAAUUUACUAAUUUUUAUCUAUAUGCUUUUUGAGCCCUAGUUGUGUGUGUUUUGUGUGUCUUGUUACCUAGAAAUGGGUGAUAUUGAAAGGAAUUGUGUUUUCCUAAGGUGUUUACAAUGUCAUGGAACAAUUUAAUUUGUUUGAGUUUUGAUUUUUUUUGAUAA